AGUUUCAUUCCUUCCAAACUAGUUCCUAUCACAUCAGCGUUUCUUUCUUCUUUUCAGGUACCUGUCGAUGAAUCGGGCCCGGCUGCAUAUAUUCACUUUCUUCUGAAGUAAUUCCAAGAGACGUCGCAUAUCCGAGCCGUGCUCAUCAUUCAUCUCGAAGUCUAUGUAUGGUUUGCAACUGUUUGCAUCGAUUUACCUUUCAACGGAGAACCAUCGCCCAUUGUCCUGCACUGGAGACUGAAGUCGCUCACAUCGCCCUUCUUCCCUUCCUUACCUCUACUACCUUCAGCUUCACUCUUCCAUCAUGGAAAGCGACGUGGUUGCUCAGUUCACAGAGAUCACCGGCUCGAACCCUUCGCUGGCGACUCAGUAUUUGCAGCUGGCCGACUUCAAUAUUGAGCAGGCCAUGCAACUCUAUUUUGAGAAUGGAGGUGCGCCUUUGACUGAGGAACCGGUUCCAUCAGCCACUGGGCCUGGUCCAUCGCGCCCUACUGGGUACGAGGACAACUCCGGUGUCGUACACAUUGAUUCCGAUGAUGAUAUUGCCAUCGAUGAAGCCCGUUCUGCGCCUCGAGCACGGCAGCCAGAGGGGUUGACGUUUGAGGAUGAUGAAGCUAUGGCCCGUCGUUUACAAGAAGAAAUGUACCGUGACGGAAGAGAUAGUUCAGAUGGUGUCAGAGCUCCUAUAGCCCGCACAACGGAAACGCUCGUGGGGCCGGAGGCGGACUUCGACGACGGUGACAUGCAUGCGAGUAUUUUGGGCCAGUUACGUGCGCGCCAGCAAAGAAGCAGUCGACCUGGUAUAUUCAAUCAAAGGGACACGGCAGAAAUUUGGGCUGGUGGUGAUGAAAGCUCGCAUCGCGAAAGACUUGCUGCGGCUACAGGCGGAGCAUCUGAAGCUUCUAGCAAACAAAACAUGCUAGCAGAGAUGUACCGGCCCCCGUUUGAUAUCAUGUCACGGUUGCCUUGGGAUCUCGCACGGCAGGAGGGUCGUGAAAACGAGAAGUGGCUGCUUGUCAACAUACAGGAUCAGUCCAUAUUCGACUGUCAAGUAUUGAACAGAGACUUGUGGAAAGAUCCCGGAGUCAAGGAAACUGUCAAAGAACAUUUCAUUUUUUUGCAGUAUUCCAAGGAUGAUUCACGUGCGACGCCUUAUCUGCAAUACUAUUUUCAAGCGAGUGAUGUCUCUGAGAACUACCCCCAUAUAGCCAUCGUUGAUCCUCGGACGGGCGAGCAAAUGAAAGUUUGGUCCGGGCCACCUGUGGUCAAGCCUGCGGAAUUUCUCAUGCAGCUUCAUGAAUUCCUCGACCGUUACAGUCUCAAGCAUAACGUGCGAAACCCAGUGGCGAAGCGAAAACCCGAAAAGAAGGGGAAGAGCAUCGACACGAUGACCGAGGAAGAAAUGCUGGAAAUGGCCAUGAGAAAUAGCUUGGGAGACGGGGUAGCACAAACUCACAGAGUGGUGGAUCCGGACGAUUUGACCCGCAGUACUGAAGACGUCAAGGGCAAAGGCAAGGCCGCUCCUACUGAUGAUGUCCUUAUGGGUGAAGACGAUCUUGCCGAGGAGCCAGUGGAAGAAGCAUCUUCACUGUUCUGGUCCAUUCCGGAUGACCGGCCACAUACUGAGCCACCAGCCGAUCCUGCUACUACUACACGUAUUCAAUUUCGCCAUCCGUCCGGAAGGGUCAUUCGUCGCUUUGCUCUGGUCGAUCCUGCAGGGGUUGAGUUUGAGCUCAAUUCAAUGGGCCGCAAUCUAAUCGAUUCACUCGAUUCGAGCAUUGAGGAGGCAGGCCUCAAGAACGGAACGGUCAUGAUAGGAUACCUUGAAGACCUAUAGACCCGAGAUUGAUCCAUCACAUACCACAGCUCUCAUUUUAGAGGCGUUGCGACUGGAAUUUGGCCAUUUGAGCUGGUGAUAGAAACAGUUGGCCUUUGUCCAUUCUACUACUGGCUUCUACAUUGGCAUAUUACAAACAUAUUAUCUCUCUUCUAUACUGACUGGAUUUGUCCAUUCUGCUAUGAUCAUGAUCUUAUCUGAACACAUGUUGCAUGACAUGUGGCUUUGAUGACUGCAUCUUUAACGUUGAUGUCACUAUAGAUGUGCGACCAUUUUUCUUGAUAGGAAU